AUGAAUGGGGAUCUGGAUCUGCGCCCAGCAAAACGCCCGCGCUAUUUUGAUGAUCCUGGCACGCGAGACUCGAUUCCCGCCAGCCUAAACGCGUCCCUUCCUCGUCGUUGUCCCGGCCUGGAGACAGGCGAUCCGGAAACUGCCCAGGCUGGCGAAGAUGGGCAACUCCCGGAACCACCGCAGCCCGCUGCUGCCUCCAGUCAAACAGCAGAGUCAACGACCCCAAAAGCCAACACUACCGAUAUCCUUGCGGCAGAAUCCUCUUCCCUUCAGCAUGAACCAAUCCAGCCUGAGCCCGGGAGCGACACGCCCGCCGAAGCCGAGUGUGCCACACAAGGUGCAGAUGGAUUUGACGUCCAGCUCUUCACCAGUAUCAUUGGACAAGAACUGCCUCCCCCUGCGGUUAAGAAGAUUCAGUCCGUCGCAUCCAACAACAUGGAGCGAGCAGUCAACAUGUACUUCGAUGGGACAUGGGUGACGGCAAAGGCACCAAAUGGCAACAACUCUGCCCGGCAAUCCACUCUGCCGAAGCGGUCCGAUCCGAAUAAAGGAAUCUCGACGUCUUCUGAAAAAAAAAUCAACGACAGCACUCCAGUUGAAGGCCCUUCUGUUUGGCGAAAACAACCGGCGUCAAGAUAUAUCGGAGCGUUUGGCGUCGGCGGCUGGGCGACUCGAAGUGGGAAGGCUCUCAUAAAGCACGGAGACAUAGUCAACAUUGAGCGAGCCAGGUCGCAACCAUUAACCAAACGGGGACGCGGCGGCAAGCUCCUCACCAACCACAAGCCCGACGUCUUGACGCGAUUUACAAACACAUCCGGUCAGGAACUGGGACGGUUGCCCCACGAAACAGCCGAGUGGGUUUCCACCCUGAUUGAUCAGAAGAUUUGUCGCUUUGAGGCUGUGUGUGUGUAUGUGCCUGACUGGGUCCGGAUCAACGAUACGAUAUACUUGCAACUACGGUGCUUCUUACGCAAAGAAGUGUUUCAGCACGGAGUGUUCACGGGAAUGCCCGAAGAUGAUAACAGAUCGACGGCCCUGUUCGAAGAGAAAGAGAGUACAGAGGAGAAGAAACUGCGGAUCCGACAAGUGGCUUUAGUAAGGCUCUUCCAUGAAAUCGGUCUCCAGCCCACGUCAAUCAACCCGACUACAGAGAAGCACAAGAGAGAAGGGUUGCUUCGGGCGGCUGAGAUGGCUGAGCAAUACGACAAGAAGGACAAGUCGAAGGGCGCCAAAGAUGCCGAUGACUCCUCCGGGGAGGACGAAACACAGGAGCUCGAAGAGGAUCAGCUCGACACUUUAUACAAGAAGGCACAAUCUUUUGACUUCAACAUGCCCGAAGCGGAACCUGCAUCGACCUUCACUAUGAAUCUUCGAAAGUAUCAGAAACAAGCUCUCCAUUGGAUGUUGGCCAAAGAAAAAGACACGCAGCAAGUUCGAGAAAGAUCUUUGCAUCCUCUGUGGGAAGAAUAUACCUGGCCAACUAAAGAUGUUGAUGAAAAAGACCUCCCAACCGUUGAGGGUAUCGACAAGUUCUAUGUCAACCCUUACUCGGGAGACCUCAGCGUCGAUUUCCCAGCUCAGGAGCAACACUGCCGAGGUGGAGUUCUGGCAGAUGAGAUGGGACUGGGCAAAACCAUCGAGAUGCUGAGCCUCAUUCACUCCCACAAAGCCGAGCCGAAACCACGGGAAUUGGACGACGCAAAGCCUAUCACCAGCCUCAACCCCAACUUCAACAACGCUUAUUCGGAGAUAGUCCCUGCUCCCUACACGACCCUGGUUGUUGCUCCCACCUCACUUCUCUCGCAGUGGGAAAGCGAGGCGCUGAAAGCAUCAGAAGCGGGCUCGAUGCGAGUCAUGGUAUACCAUGGGCCCGACAGAGGCAUGUCCAUCAGAGAUAUCUGUUCCGAAUCCAAGCCCAACACUGCACCUCACUUGAUUAUCACCAGCUAUGGCAUCGUGUUGUCCCAACUGCGCGAUCUUCCACAGCAGCACAUGCCCGGUGCGCCUGGGGGAUUGUUCUCGGUUGAGUUUUUCCGCGUCAUCCUUGACGAGGCCCACUCAAUCAAGAACCGGCGCUCGAAGUCUGCCAGGGCCUGUUAUGAACUCAAGGCUGUUCAUCGAUGGGCGCUUACAGGCACGCCUAUCGUCAAUCGACUAGAAGACCUCUUUAGUCUGGUGCGUUUCCUGAAGGUGGAACCAUGGAGCAAUUUCUCUUUCUGGAAAACUUUCAUCACUGUGCCAUUCGAGUCCAAGGAGUAUGUACGCGCCCUCAAUGUCGUGCAGAGCGUGCUGGAGCCCCUCGUACUUCGACGAACCAAGACGAUGAAAACUCCCGAAGGCGAGCCAUUGGUCCCUUUGCCAAAACGAACGAUCACGAUCGAGGAAGUGGAGUUGUCGCAACAAGAGCGAGAAAUCUACGACUGUAUCUACAUGCGAGCCAAACGGACCUUCAACGAAGGUGUCGAGGCCGGCACUCUAUUGCAGUCUUAUUCAACGAUUUUUGCUCAAAUUCUGCGUCUUCGGCAGACCUGCUGUCAUCCCAUUCUCACCCGCAAAAAAGAAAUCGUGGCAGAUGAAGAGAUUGCAGCGGCAGCGGCCGAUGAGCUCAAUGGUCUGAAAGAUGACAUGGAUCUUCAGGAACUGAUCAAUCAGUUCACCUCCAGCACCGAGAGUGCUAGCAACGAGGAUCGUCCGGGCACCAUGGCAACGUUCACGACGCAUGCUCUUCGCCAGAUCCAGACCGAGUCGAGUGGGGAAUGCCCUAUCUGCUGCGAGGAGCCCAUGAUCGAGCCCGCUGUCACAGCAUGUUGGCAUAGUGCCUGCAAGAAGUGUCUAGAAGAUUUCCUGCGCCACCAAAGGAACAAGGGCGAACAGGCACGGUGCUUCAAUUGCCGGGCACCUGUCAACGCAAAGGACAUCUUUGAGGUCGUGCGGCACCCUUCAUCACACUCCACCACACCUCUCGAUGACGGCCUCCCUAGCACGCCACCAGCAGGCUCUCAGCCAGCUCCACGAAUUUCUCUCCGACGCAUAUAUCCUCUGUCGCCGUCCGCUCAUACGUCUGCCAAGAUCCAUGCCCUCCUAACCCACCUGUCGCGCGUGGCACCCAACACCAAAUCGGUGGUCUUUUCACAGUUCACCUCGUUCUUGGAUCUGAUCGGCCCGCAGCUGACACGCAUGGGAAUCUCUCACGUCCGUCUCGAUGGCAGCAUGCCACAUAAAGCGCGCGCCGCCGUCCUUGCCCAAUUCAGCAAAGCCGAGACGUACGACGACGAAAUCAUCGACGCCGAGGACGAACCUCCCUCCAUCUCACGCGCAUUCCCUGGCGCAACUACAACAGCCUCCUCGUCUUCCACCUCAUCCUCCCCGCCCACGGUCCUCCUCAUCUCCCUGCGCGCCGGCGGCGUCGGUCUCAACCUCACAACGGCCAGCAAUGUUUUCAUGAUGGAUCCGUGGUGGAGCUUCGCCGUUGAAGCACAAGCGAUCGACCGAGUGCACCGCAUGGGCCAGACCCGCGAUGUUUCUGUUACACGGUUUGUGGUCAAGGACUCGAUUGAGGGCCGCAUGCUACGCGUGCAAGAGCGUAAGAUGAACAUCGCCGGGUCGCUUGGCUUGAGGGUUGGUGGCGAUGAGCCUGAGGAGGAUAAGCGGAAGGAACGGAUUGCUGAGUUGAAAUUGCUAUUUGAAUAG